UUGUGCUCUGAACAUCAUCACGAUGAUGUACUUACAAGAUUUCCUCGAAAAACUCGAAUUCUUGCCACAGGAGGUAUUAAACUGUUCUUCUGAAAUUGAACAACUGGACAAGAAAGUGAAAAACUCCAUGAACUGCAUAAAAGAUAAUGUAGAUCAUUUGUUUUCAAAAGCUAAUACUAUGCAUCCAGAUGAUUUAAAUUCUGAUUUUAAAUUAAUAAUGAAAGCUGGUGACAAAGCUCUUACGCAAUGUGAUGAAAAAAUUCAAAUAGCUGACAAUUUAAAAAAUAUAAUGGUUAAAUACAUGAAGCAAUUGGAUGAUGACUUGGAAAAGUUUAAAAUGGAUUUAGAAGUUGAUAAAGAUGGUAUCACUGAAAAAAUUGAAAAAAAGGUAGAUGAAACCUUAAACAGCAAUUUCAAAAAAUCAAGUUCUUCUAGUAGAAAAAAUUUAUGUUUACAAUUUAAUGCUACUCCUACCAACUUUCAAAUGGAUCAAUUUCCAUUAUUUCAUACUUUGGAAGAUAUGGAAGCUGGUAGCUCAGUAAUUUCAGAAGCUGCACCCAAAGUUAUUAUUGCUACUAAAAAGUCUGUUAAAAAAUGUAAGUCAGCAAGUUUAAAAGCAUCUACUGAAGUAAACAAUUACAGUAGAAUAAAUACAAUGACUAAUGCAUUAUUGCCAGAAUUUCCUAUUAUUACAAUUACUGAUCCAGUUACAAUUAUUGAUCCAGUUACAAUUAUUGAUCCAGUUACAAUUAUUGAUCCAGUUACAAUUACUGAUCCAGAUACAAUUAUUGAUCCAGGUAAUCCAGUUGAUCCAAAUCCAGAAGCCGAUAAUCAACGUUAUUGUUUGUGUAAUGAUGUAGCGUAUAAAACAAUGAUUGGUUGUGAUAAUAGGAAGUGUCCAUAUGAAUGGUUUCAUUACGAAUGUGUUGGUAUUAAGACUAAACCAAGUGGAAAAUGGUAUUGUCCAAUAUGUAGAUUUAAGAUGAAAAAGAAACGAUGA